UCAUUAAUUGUAUAUUCCUAAUGAAGCAAAAAUUGAUAGGAAUGUUACUGCCUUUGCAUUUUCUUUCAGUAUUGUUUGGUGUCCUUACUACUUUGGUUUUGGUACAAGCUCAGGAUCAAUCAGGAUUCAUUAGCAUAGAUUGCGGUCUACCUCAAAAAUCGAGCUAUUCUGAGACGAGCACAGGCAUAAGUUACAUUUCAGAUGCCAAAUUCAUAGACAGUGGUGUAAGUAAGAGGAUACUACCUACAAGCAAUACUGUUCUACAGCAACUGGAAUAUGUGAGGAGCUUUCCCAGUGGAGUGAAAAAUUGUUACAAAAUAGAUGUAACCAAUGGUACCAAAUAUUUAAUCAGAGCUUCUUUCUAUUAUGGAAACUACGAUGAUUUAAAUGAGCCACCACAAUUUGAUCUUCAUUUUGGACCUAAUGUUUGGGAUACAGUAAAGUUCACAAAUUUAUCACGCAUGACAAUCAAGGAGAUCAUAUACACUCCAUCACUAGAUUACAUACAACCAUGUCUUGUUAACACAGGCAAAGGGACUCCGUUCAUUUCAGCCAUAGAAUUGAGGACUUUGGAUAAUAAAGCUUAUGUCACAUACGCAGCUAAAUCAUCAGUAUUAUCAUACUUCUUUCGAUUUGAUUUAGGUUCCAUCACAAACUUAGAAUACAGGUACAAAGAUGAUGUUUUAGAUCGCAUCUGGUAUGCUUUUGAAUGGAAUGAGAUGAAACGAAUAAGCACCAAAGAUGAUAUAUUAAUUCAGAAUAUUUAUAAACCACCAGCAGUUGUGAUGAGCACUGCUGUUACACCAGUAAAUGCCAGUGCUCCUAUACAAUUUAGUUUCGAUGCAGUUAAUGUAAAUGACCAAUACUACAUAUAUUUGCACAUUACUGAAUUUGAAAAUCUGGCAGCAAAUGAAAGUAGAUCAUUCAAUAUCACAGUGAAUGGAAUCCUUAUGUACGGACCUGAGAUACCUGUAUACCGGUCAGUAGAUAGCAUAUUCAGUACAAUACCUUUGACUGGAGCGACAAAGUAUAUAUUUACCCUUUCCAAGACAGAUAAUUCAACCCUUCCACCCAUCCUGAAUGCCGUUGAGGUUUAUAAAGUAAAAAAUUUCUCACAAUCAGAAACUCAACAGGAUGAUGUUGAUACUAUGAGAAACAUCAAGAAGGCCUAUGGGGUGGCUAGAAAUUGGCAGGGAGAUCCAUGUGGUCCAGUAAACUAUAUGUGGGAAGGCCUAAACUGCAGUCUUGAUGGCAAUAACAUCCCAAGAAUCACAUCUUUGAAUUUGUCUUCAAGUGGAUUGACAGGAGAGAUAUCAUCUUCCAUAUCAAAGCUCACUAUGUUACAGUACUUGGAUUUAUCAAACAAUAGCUUAAAUGGUUCUUUACCUGAUUUUCUGAUGCAACUGCGUUCACUAAAAGUCUUAAACCUGGGGAAGAACAACCUUACGGGGUUAGUUCCAAGUGGACUUCUUGAGAGAUCAAAAACAGGUUCAUUAUCACUGAGCGUGGAUGAUGAUAACCUUGAUCCUUGUAUGACGGAAUCUUGCAAAAAGAAGAACAUUGCUGUACCACUUGUUGCAUCGUUUUCAGCAUUAGCUGUAAUCCUUUUGAUUUCUCUAGGAUUUUGGCUAUUCAGAAAACAAAAAAGACAAAAAGCUGUAGUUACGCCUUCAAAUUCUAAGAAAAGGAGUUCAAUGAAAUCAAAACAUCAAAAAUUCAGUUACACUGAAAUUGUCAAUAUUACCGAUAACUUCAAAACUAUUAUUGGAGAAGGAGGAUUUGGAAAAGUUUACUUUGGCACUCUACAAGACCAAACUCAAGUCGCUGUUAAGCGGCUUUCACCAUCAUCGAUGCAAGGUUAUAAUGAAUUUCAAUCAGAGGCACAACUUCUAAUGAUUGUUCAUCAUAGAAAUUUGGUCUCUCUCCUUGGAUACUGUGAUGAAACUGAAAUCAAAGCAUUGAUUUAUGAAUACAUGGCCAAAGGAAAUCUCCAACAACAUUUGUUAGUGGAAAAUUCGAAUAUCUUAAAUUGGAAUGAGAGGCUUAACAUUGCAGUUGACGCAGCACAAGGAUUGGAUUAUCUGCAUAAUGGAUGCAAACCACCGAUCAUGCAUAGAGAUUUGAAGCCUUCAAACAUACUACUUGAUGAGAACCUGAAUGCAAAGAUUGCUGAUUUUGGUCUAAGUAAAGCUUUUGGUAACGAUGAUGAUUCUCAUAUAUCCACACGCCCUGCUGGUACAUUUGGCUACGUUGAUCCAUUUCAGAUACCAGGAAACACAAAUAAGAAAAAUGAUAUCUAUAGCUUUGGUAUAAUUCUAUUUGUGUUGAUCACCGGGAAGAAAGCACUAGUGAGAGAAUCUGGAGAAAGCAUUCACAUACUUCAAUGGGUUAUUCCUAUUGUUAAAAGAGGAGAUAUUCAAAACAUUGUUGAUAAGAAGUUGCAGGGUGAAUUCAACAUCAGUUCUGCAUGGAAAGUUGUUGAGAUAGCCAUGUCAUGCAUUUCACAAACUGUAUCUGAAAGGCCAGACAUAAGCCAAAUAUUGGCAGAGCUAAAGGAAUGUCUCUCUUUGGACAUGGUUCAGAGUAAUAAUGGAAGUAUGAGAGCUAGAGAUGAAUUGGUUUCUAUUGCGCUACAUGUUUCAGAAACCACUAUUUUAGCUAGAUAAGCACCAUUUAUAAUGAUAUUUUUUCCUAUAUUGAAUGUCACUCCAAAUGUCCUAGAACAUUAGUCCUUGUUGUAUAAUAUACAAUAACUUGUAUCAUGGAAGUUUUCUCGGAAUAAAAAAUUGUGUGUCUAAUACUA